AUGGACAGCACAAGGGACAUCAUGACCAUGAUCUGUCUGCUGCUUGUCAACCUGCCCAUGAUUGACAUGGCCAGCGGGAAAGUGCUGGAGGAAACGUAUUACAAGUGGAUGCAGUAUAAGGGCGAGUGUUUCCAGAUGAUUGAAAUCGAGCCGACGCCGCAAGGUGGCUUGUUUUGCAACAGGACUUUUGAUAGAUACGCCUGCUGGCCAGAUUCUCCUGCUGGGUCACUUGUCAAUAUCUCAUGUCCGUUUUACCUGCCCUGGUAUGAUCAAGUUUCACACGGCAUGGUGUAUCGACGCUGCGGCAUCGACGGUCUUUGGGAGCGUGACGGGGACGGUCACGUAUGGAGGGAUAAGUCCGAAUGCGAGGAGGAAAAAGAGGUCACAUCUCAGGAGAUGUGGUUCCAGAAAAUGAUGUUGAGCUUCAGGAUGUUGUACACCGUGGGUUAUUCCCUGUCUCUCUUCUCUCUCGUUACCGCUCUCGUCAUUCUGUUGAGCUUCAGGAAAUUGCGAUGCACACGCAAUUACAUCCAUGCCAACCUCUUCUUGUCCUUCAUCCUGCGAGCCGCGUCGGUCAUUGUUAAGGACACCAUGUUGGAACGUCACUGGGGACGCGAAAUUAUCAAAAGCGCCGAUGUGAGCGAGAUGCUCAGCCAUCGGGCCGCGAUCGGCUGCAGGAUAUCCCAAGUUCUGAUGCAGUACUGCGUGCUCGCUAACCACUACUGGUUUUUUGGAGAGGCAAUUUAUCUGUACUCCCUGCUGAUUGCCUCGGUGCUUGUUGACAGCAAAAAGUACUUGCCGUUGAUCUGUCUCGGCUGGGGAACCCCUCUUUUCUUUGUGAUUCCUUGGGUAGUGAUGAAGAUACUGAAAGAAAACAAUGAAUGUUGGGCUGUCAACGAAAACAUGAACUACUGGUGGAUCAUCCGUUCUCCGAUUCUUUUCGCUUCGCUCGUCAACUUUCUGAUUUUCGUCAAGAUUCUGAAAGUGAUUCUCUCCAAACUUCGGGCGAACAACCAAAGCGACUACUCUGAUUACAAACGGCGGCUUGCCAAGGCAACGCUGACGCUGAUUCCCUUGUUUGGCACUCACGAGGUCAUAUUCAUCUUCUUAACAGACGAACAAACCACUGGGGCUCUGCGAUACUUUAAAGUUUUCUUCACGCUGUUUCUCAAUUCGUUCCAGGGAUUUCUGGUGGCGGUUCUCUACUGCUAUGCAAACAAAGAGGUGAGGACGGAGUUGAAAAGGAAACUGUGCAGCUGGAGGAUAGGAAGACACUUUGGACAGUGA